CAUGUUAAAACGCUCCCUCCCCCUCCUCCUCCUCUCUGAGCCUGUAGCUUAGCAGCAGCUAGCCUCCAGUCGGCUUCUUUUUUUUUUUUACAUCCACAAGACUGACAGAGGGCGACGACCGACGUGAUGGAAAUUGACUCGCUUCAAGAGGCGCUCAGAGAUUUUGAUAAGAAAGCCAAGAAAGAGGCUACACCUCUUCUGGAACAGUUUCUAUGCCAUAUUGCCAAGACUGGAGAGACCAUGGUUCAAUGGUCUCAGUUUAAGAACUACUUUCUAUUUAAACUGGAGAAAGUGAUGGACGACUUCAGAGCAUCGACACCUGAGCAAAGAGGUCCUGCGAACCCAAACGUGGAGUCGGUACCAUUUGAAGAUAUGAAGGAGAGAAUCCUGAAGAUUGUGAAUGGGUACAAUGGGAUUCCUUUCACGAUCCAACGUUUGUGUGAGCUACUCACAGAGCCCAAGAGGAACUACACAGGGACAGAUAAGUUUCUUCGGGGGGUUGAGAAAAACGUAAUGGUGGUAAGCUGUGUCCAUCCAACCUCAGAGAAGAAUGGAUGCAGUGCAGUUAAUAGAAUGAAUGGAGUGAUGCUUCCUGGAAACACAUCUGCCUUUACAGAGAGGAAAGUUAACGGUCCAGGAACUCCCCGACCGCUGAACAGACCGAAGCUGUCUCCGGCUAACUCGCUAGCGGCUAACGGUCUGCCAGACAGCACAGACAACAAAGACCUCAACACAGAGCAAGAAGGCAACAAAGACUCCAGCGAGGUCUCGGCGCCCGGAGGCUCCCUGGGGAGUUCGCUGAAGAACAAACACCCAGACGCAGAGGAGGACAUGGAGGCUGAACAGCAAGAGGUGAAGAGACUCAAGUUCAGCAGGGAGGAGGAGGAAGAGGACGACGAGGAGGACGAGGAGGAAGAGCAGGAGUUGGAUACAUCGAGGCCUUUACUUGCCGCUUGCCUCUCAAAAGAAGCAGAAGCCAUGGUCCAGGAGGAGGAGGAGGAAGAGGAGAAGGCUCCAUACAGCAAGGAGAAUGAAGCCUCCAGCAGUGCUGCUGCCACUGAAGACCAAGAACCGACUAGCAGCACGCAGACCGAGGCGUGCUCAGGUCCGGAGGCGGAGCAGGCCGAGAGGGAGGUGCCGUGCGGGUCCGAGGAGGAGGGCAGCGACAUGGACCAGACGGAGCAACAAGCACCUGCGGGAGUCCUGGAGAGCCCCGAGACCAGCAGGGACAGUGAGGAGAGCAACAGCGACCCAGUCAGCAGCAGCAGCAGCAGCAGCAGCAGCAGUAGCAGUGGUAGCAGCUGUAGCAUAGAGGAGAGCGCAGACGCAGCCAGAGAAGACGUAGCUCUCGCUCCCUCCAGCAGUACGACUGAACCUCCUACAGAGGGCGCCAUGGGAAGUGCCACCCUAAACACUGGGACCACCGAAGAGCCUAUGGAGCAGGACUAGACUGAAGGCCCCCCUGCAGCCAUGUGUGACCAUAAACCAGCUUGUCCUUUGAGUCCAGCUCGACUCUCACUGGGAAUGAACCUCAUACACAAGACGAACGCCUCGUCCCGCUUUUUGGACACUCCUCCAAAAAAAAAAAUGGCUACCUGGCAUUGAUGUGGGCAUACUUAAAAAAAAAAAAAAAAAAAAAAAAAAUUCACUGGAAUAUUUUAUUGAGCUUCUUCUCUUCGAUUUUUAAGUUUCUCCCCUAAAAGGGUUUGUUUGUUUGUUUGUUUCAGCAGCUUUUAAUUUCUCUGCUGGAUUUUUUUUAUUUUUUUUUCUCUUUCAAAGGGGGGUGGGGGGUUGAACGCUUCUUUCCUCUCUCAACACCACUCACUCCAACUAGUUGUGCCAGGAUUGGUAGUCUUGAAGCUUAGUGUAGCACACUACCGUGGCCAGACCGGAGCCGUACCAGCUCUUCAUUAUUUAAGAAGCGAAUAUGAGCUAAAAAACAUUUCUGUUCCUAACGAAAGGCUCGCGUAUGAGUUGUUCACGAGUCAAACAAUGAACUGACUCUUAACACCCAGAUACCACCAACAUCAAAGUUUCCCUCCCCAUCCUCGAGAGAUGUGCGACUUUUUUUUUUUUUUUUUUUUUUUUGCUCCCCCUCUUCGCUUAUUUUAACCAUAUUUCUUUUUGCAGUGAUACACUACCAAUCCCACUGAACGAUACUAUGACGUGCUACCUUUUCAGAGGCAUCCUGUAAAAUGAGAUACUCCGGACGCCGAAAGACCAACAUAAUUUAUAUGAUCAUUUCAAUUCAGUGAGUUCUUUUUGGAGUAUGUUUUCGUUUUUUCGUUUUCGUCUGCCAGUUGUAGUUUCCAAAAAACCAGCUGUAAGUACAAAGACGACCGCUUUCUUUGUGUCGUGAUGUCACCAUGUUGUUUUCACCGACCGAUAUCCAGAGCAGUUUCUGGUUUCCAGUUCUACACCUGUUUCUGCAGCUGUACUUUUUGAUAUUUAGAAUUUUAAAUUUCUGUAAAGUAGAUUUUUGUAGAUUGUAAUACAGUAUGUGUUCACUGCCUUUGUGAAACCAUAUAUAAUUGUAUAAUUUCUCUGUAUUCUCUGAAUGCUUCUGCUUUCAACGCGGCAUUCAGAAACAGCAAUAAAUGUUAACAUUUUUA